CUUCUGCGCGAGGAUGAAUGUGGGCACGGCGCACAGUGAGGUGAAUCCAAACACGCGAGUGAUGAACAGCAGGGGUAUAUGGCUGUCAUAUGUGCUUGGCAUCGGCCUCCUACACAUCAUAUUGCUUAGCAUACCCUUCGUCAGCGUGCCUGUGGUCUGGACCCUCACCAACCUCAUCCACAACAUGUGCAUGUAUAUCUUCCUACACACGGUUAAAGGAACGCCGUUUGAGACUCCGGACCAAGGCAAGGCCCGGCUACUGACCCACUGGGAACAGAUGGACUACGGGGUCCAGUUCACCGCCUCUCGAAAGUUUCUCACCAUCACCCCUAUUAUACUGUAUUUCCUGACCAGUUUCUAUACAAAAUAUGACAGGGUCCACUUCAUCAUCAACACCAUUUCCCUGCUCACCGUGCUUGUCCCCAAACUUCCUCAGUUCCACGGGGUCCGUCUCUUCGGAAUUAAUAAGUACUGAUGCGGUUUUGAUCUUCAACACAAGAGGAUGUGUUGACACACAGGGCGCUUCAUGACUUACUCUGUGGAAAUAAAUAAAAAAGGGAGAAAUAUAGGGCUUCUUCGGAUGCUCUGCUGCUUUGCGGUCAAACUGGCCGAAUAAUCUGCUACGGCAUCACUUUUAUUGAUGUUUUUUCUAUAACAUUUGUUAGAUACAAACACAUUUGUAGAACCACCUGCAGAAUUCAGCAGAUGAGGGUCUCUGGAGAUGUUAGGACCUCCGUUCUACUUUGUUGAAACGGACAGUGUUGUUUAACAGCAUUAUGUACGUCAUGUGGAGCAACAUGUUAGCUUUUUCACUUUGGCAGAAAUGCUGCGUUGAUGCAAUGAAUCUGAUGGGUCAAAAUUAUCUGUUUCAUCAUGUCUUCUUAACUGUUUUGCUGGCCUGAGUCAGCAUGUCCCAAUGUUUAGCACUGGGAAAAGAGAAGAAA